CGCUUUGACACGGGUUGAAGGAAGACUUAAAAGAAAUUAUAUCCAUAGUUUUUUAGCAAGAACUAUUCUGUCGUACUAGAGAAAUUUACCGCUGUUGACAGGUUAUUUUCUUUCCAGGAAUUUUUAAGCAAAGUAUUCUGGGAUGGGGUGUUGGUUGUAAAUUUCCGGCAGAAUCAUUAGAGCGUUCUAAAUGCAACCAAACAAGAUGGCUGCCGGACAAGGCACGAAAAGUGCCGUCAUGGAAGUGUUUCACGAAGGCAAAUGGCAACAGGUUUUGGUUAGUCUGGAAGAUGGUACCCUUAUAUUAAAUGUAGAAGAAAAUUUUGAAGUCAAUGGAACUAUUCCUCCGAGUCCAAAGGAGACGCAAAGGGAGGAUUCAGUUAGUAAUGGUGGUGAAAAUUUUGAGGUUCCAGAACAUGUUGCUAACCAAGUUCGACUAGUCCGAGUAAUUAAACAAGAAGUUGGUGGUUUGGGAAUCAGUAUUAAGGGAGGGAGGGAAAAUAAAAUGCCAAUAUUAAUUUCAAAAAUUUUUAAAGGACUUGCUGCUGAUCAAACUGAAAGUCUCUAUGUUGGGGAUGCUAUUUUAGCAGUCAAUGGAGAAGAUUUACGAAAUGCCACUCAUGAUGAAGCUGUACAGGCUUUAAAAAGAGCUGGAAGGGAGGUUGAAUUAACUGUAAAAUUUUUAAAGGAAGUAACUCCUUAUUUCAGACGAACAACUUCACAAAGUAGUUGGGAGACAGGAAGUCCUGUAUCAAAAGAAGCAAAUGCUACAAAAUUAUGGGUAGAACUAAAACGAAUACCAUUAAAGUUAAGUUAUAUUACAAAGCAUGUUACCAUGCGUGGGAUAGAUCUGGAUGAUCGUAUAUUUGAAAUCUUUUUACCAAACGGUAGAUCUGGAGCGGUACUAAGAGGAAAAGACACUACGUCAACAACACAAUGGUUUAACACUAUUCAUGCAGCAAUCACAAAACUUACUCCACUUGCUCGUGAUGAAGCUAAUGAAAUAUUGGGUGAUCGCCCUGGAAAUAGAGAAGUACGUGUCAUGGGCUGGCUGGCAGAACAAGUCACUAUGCCUGAUUCAAAUCGUCUUGAGUGGAAACCGGUUUAUGCAGCAUUAACUGAUAAAGAUAUUCUUCUUUAUGACAUGGUUCCUUUGUCAUGUGAAGAUUGGGCCCAACCAUAUAUUAGCCAUCCUUUGCUAGCUACUAGGUUAGUUCAUUCCGGUGCUACAGGUAGCAAUGCUUUGCAUGGUGCAGAAUUAACUUUCAGUACAAGAACUGGCACAAGAAAUGGAGUUGAGUGUCACCUCUUUCGUGUUGAACGGCCAAAAGAGUUAGCUACAUGGUCCCAUGCAUUAGUGGAGGGGGCUCACAAUGCUGCAUCACUAAUAAAAGAAAUAAAUUGUGCCGUAACUUGGAAUGGACAAGAUUGCAGAUUGACAUUACAUUGGGAAAAUGGUUUCCUUUUAACUGGUGUUAAUGAUAAUGACAUCAUCUGGAGCUAUCCCUACGAAAAGUUAAGAUGUUCCUCAGAUGAUGCAAAACGCUUGCUCUGGCUAGAUUUUGGAGGCGAGGAUGGAGAACAGGAACUUGACUUGCAUGGUUGUCCAAAACCUGUUGUGUUUGUUCUUCAUACAUUUUUAUCUGGCAAAACAUCGCGUUUGGGAUUGACAUUAUAGAUGACAAAUAAAGGUGUUGCAGUAAAAAUAUUUAAUAUCUAUUUUUUGUUUGUAGAUAGUGUGUGCUACAGUUUAUUAUAAAUAUAGUUUUGUUUUUUGUUGUGGCGAUGUGUUUGUAAAAGCAGUGUCAUGUCAAAUCUGUUUACAACGAUAUUUUUUGUUUCUUAGUAAUGAUAUUACUUGUACAUAAAUAUAAUUGCUCUCGUUUUGCAUCUUGUUUUCCACUUGCAUGCAAUUUCUUAUUUUUUUGUCUUUUUUAUAUAUCUAUAAGGUCGGCUGUAUUUAACUUUUCUAACAAGCACAAUCUAGUUAUUCAUAACUGGAAAAUAUAUAAAAUAUUGUAACAUAUAUGCAUCAAUCUGUAUUUACGUCUAUAUUUAAAAGUAUUUGCACAAAAUAUUUUUCCCCUUAGAUUUUUCAUGCAAGUUUUUCCAUGAAAAAACUUGAUCAAUAAGCUCAAUCUAGGUGAAGUAAUAUUUCUGAAAAUCUUUACUUCACGCCCUAAAAUGCUUCUAGGGUGAGCAUUCUUAAAAUAGAGCACAAUAAUAAGUAGAACUGAGGGGAAAUUUUUUAACUUUGUAGGGAGGUUUUGUUGCAACAAACAAAGUUGUUACAAAAUGAUGAAAAAUCUUUCAAGGCUGUUUGUAAACAAACUUAUGACCGAGAUGAAUAAAUAAUAACAUCCAGAGUCAUUAAGGAAAUUUCAUAGUACUUCACGGUCCCUUUUGAUGAUGAUGUAAAAAGGAGGAAAUGUAAAGAGAAGAGCUAAAUUCUCAAUAUUUUAAGGCUAUUUAAGGAUUCCUUUUGUUUCUUUUAUGGAGUAUCACCCUGGCAACUAGUUCUGUGUAGCUAUUUUUUUUCUGUUUUAUUAGAGCUGUUGAUAGUACCUUUCUCUGUUUGUAUUCUGUUGUCAUAUAAAAGGUUUUUAUUUGUUUUUACGCUACUUUUGCGUUAUGUUUUUAAUGAAUGGUUUUUUAUGCUGUGUAGUUUUUUGUUCAGGUUUUUUUUUCAAAUAUUUUUAAACAUGGCUGCAAUUUUCUUGUCGCUAUAAAUUUCAAGUAGGUGUGAAGUUACUAGGACUCCUCAUUCACCAACAAAACAUUUUCAUUAUUUUCUCGUAUUAUGCGAAGGAAAACGUUAAGUUCACUUUUAUAUAUAUUUAUGUAUUUGAAAUCUUAUUUUUAAUACGAAAUAAGUUAUUUGCUCUA